AUGUUAAAUUUACUCAUGAUUUCGUAUACUUUCAGCUACAAUCAUUACCGAUCUCCAACUCUAAGCUUUCCAAAUCCAAAUAAAGGACUAAAGCAUAGGAAAGCAAGAGGUUGCAAGCUUAUCGCAUCUUCCAUUUUUCCUAUAAACCACGCAAAAGUUAUGUUGUUUAAUAUGACAUAUCACAUGUUAUCAGAAAGAAUAGAGAAAACUUCUUGCAAGUUGCGACGACCAGAGGAAAUGAAGUUUGGUGCAAACCCGAGUCUAUUCAUCUAA